AUGCCCAAGCCUGAUAAGCCAGAUAAACACGCCGCGGCGUCCCAAGCCGUCGAUAUUCUCGAGGAGAUUGCCGCCAUGCUGAACUGUCACAUGGACCGCCGCAUGCUGUCGACGUGUAUCUCAUUAAUCGAACAGGGCGUCCAUCCCGAAUCGCUGGUCCAAGUCAUCAAGGAGCUACGUGAGAUUGCCGACGAGACGAGGCGGGAACAGCAAGAGGCCGCUGUAGCUAACAGCCGUCGGUGA